CAGAAGCUACCCAAUGACAGAAAUGAAAAUCGUUGCCUCUGUUCCGUUUCGUGCUUUGCGAACUUGAGACGACUCAGGCGAGGAUGAUUAUGAUGUAUCGCUGUGUAAAAGAAAUCUGAAAAUCAGUUGCAUCAACAGAAGACAACAACUCAUCACACUUGGAUGUAUAUGUAUUUCAUCGUUCGACGGGAAAAAUCACAUCCAAAUAAAGAUCCAAAGCAGCUCGCGGUGUUCAGAUGUCUUUACUGUGAUCUGUAAGCUGAGGUUUCUAUCCAUUCUUUUCAUCUCUCCAGUCGUUACACGCUUAUACAUGCAGCAAAGAGGGAUAGGAAUAGUGAGAAUCAGCUAAAUUUUGGAUUUUGAAAUUUGGGCAUUUCUUUAUUGGUAGGAAUUGAUUGAUAGAUUCCUCUGGGGUUUGGAUUUUUAAGGUAUAGGAAAUUGUCUCCAAUGUAAUCUAUCGUGGUCUGAUAAAAUUUCCUGAAUUCCACUGCAAGUCUCUGUAUACUUCACCCAGUGGUUUGCUCUGUUGCACAUUUUUUUACAUUUGCCAAUUGACCACAAAUGAGCUUAUAAGGGGACACAUGAUCUAUGUUUGACAAUGAUGAGCCUUUGGCCUUAAAGAGGAUGCACGAGUUUUCUGCAGUGGAGGGUUUUGCGGAGAUAACCAGUAGCUUGGCAGACAUGAUAAAAUUUCUGGCAAAUGAACCCUCGGUGGGUCUUUUCUACAUUCAACAACAUACCCACAAUGCAGUACCCAACCUUGUCAAUCUUAACAAUACUGUGGCGAAGAAAUCUCGUGAGGUGACUUUGCAUAUGGAAGAUUUAGAGGAUUCUAUAUCGAUGAUGGGAUCAAUGAAAGAGUUUGGCUUUCCAAUUGCUGAAGAGAUGAUCAAAGAGAUUAAACAUUCCCUGGCUGUCAUAUCAACUAACCAACCGAAAAAAGGGUUAAUAAAUGCCCGUGCCCCCAGUUCAAGUUUCGGGUUGGGGAGAAGUACUUCAUGGGGUCCUUCAACGUGGAGCCUUAUGACGACAAACAGCAUGGAGCAGCAAGAUAGCGAGAACAGCAGCUAUUUGUCGAAUGUGUUCAAAUCUGCUAAGCAAAGAGCUAGCAACUUCAGGUGGACUCAAAUUGAAACCCGAGAACCUAUUCAAGUGAAGCGUGAGCCCUCGUUGUCUUCCCAAAACCAGGCUUCAUCAGCUGCAGAUGCAAGUUCUUCAUCAACUAUUGCCAAGACAGGCGUCGAUGAGUUCCCCUUGCCGAGUCAAACAGCAGAUGAAGCGCUACACGAGUCACAGGUGAAUCGGAGCUUGUCCCAUGGUCAGUUGCUGUCUUUGUCAAAUAACUACGAGGAAUUUAGGGCUAACAAGGAAGCAAAACUGGAAGAGUGGUUGGAAGGAACAGGUGAUCAGCAAGAUAGGACUGAAUAACAUGAAAAUGCAAAUAAACGGUCAGCGAAUCAGGUCGCCCAUGCUUUGGCUAAGGAAGCUAUUUCUUUACCUGGCUAUGUGGAAUGGUUCUAUACUCCCCCUAACUUCAUUGUGGAUGUUUUGAAUUUUGAUGGUUCUAAUUAAUAUAGUUCUGUUACUUUCAAAAAAAACAUGAAAAGCAGAUGGGCUUCAUUAUUCUGGGCAACAUAUAAUGCUUCAUUGUGAAGGGCUCUAUAUGUAUCAUUGCUGGUUGACCCUUUGGAGCAUAAUAAAUGCCAAAGUUAAAAAGAAAAGUCACAAGGGAUGAAAAA